AUGAAAAGAAAGAACAUAUUUUGUUUGAUGAAAUCUCGGGGCUUAUCGGACCAGAGCAGGGCUAUGGGGAUCAGAAAUGGGGCAAGAAACCAGCAUCACUCCAAACCCAUUUCUAAAGUGUACUUCAGCUUUAUUUUGCUCCUGCUCAUUUUCACACCAAGAGUGGAUUCAUCGUGGUGGUACAUCGGCGCUCUGGGUGCUCGGGUGAUAUGCGACAACAUUCCUGGCCUUGUGAACAAGCAGCGGCAGCUCUGCCAGCGGCACCCGGACCUGAUGCAGUCCAUCAGCCUGGGAGCCAAAGAGUGGAUCAAAGAGUGCCAACACCAGUUCAGACACCACCGCUGGAACUGCAGCACGCUGGACCGGGACCACACUGUUUUUGGCAGAGUGAUGCUGCGAAGCAGCAGAGAGGCAGCAUUUGUGUACGCCAUCUCUUCAGCAGGAGUGGUCUACGCCAUUACCAGGGCCUGCAGUCAGGGGGAACUUAAGAUUUGCAACUGUGACAGUCAAAAACGAGGGCAAUUCAGUGAUGACAAAGGCACUUUUGACUGGGGUGGAUGCAGUGACAACAUCAACUAUGGAAUAAAAUUUGCCAAGGCUUUCGUAGAUGCCCGUGAGAGGAUGGUGAAAGAUGCUCGAGCACUGAUGAACCUACACAACAACCGAUGCGGUCGGAUGGCAGUGAAGCGCUUUAUGAAGCUGGAGUGCAAGUGUCAUGGGGUCAGUGGUUCCUGUUCUCUGAGAACCUGUUGGCUGGCUAUGUCCGACUUCAGGCAAACUGGAGACUACCUUCGCAAGAAGUACAACACAGCCAUCGAGGUAACCAUGAACCAAGAUGGGACAGGAUUUAUAGUGGCUGACAAGGACUUUAAGGGAAGCACCAAGAAUGAGUUGGUCUUCGUUGAGAACUCUCCAGAUUACUGUCUCAUGGACCGUGCAGCAGGCUCCUUGGGUACAGCAGGCAGAGUGUGCAACAAGUCCUCAAGGGGCAUAGAUGGCUGUGAAGUCAUGUGCUGUGGACGUGGAUAUGACACCAUGCGAGUCAAACGUGUCACCAAGUGUGAGUGCAAGUUCAAGUGGUGCUGCGCUGUGGAGUGCAAAGACUGUGAAAACAUAGUGGACGUGCACACCUGCAAACCCCACAAGCGACCUGACUGGCUGGACGUAACCUAGGAAGGAGACUAGACAAAUUAAACGUGCUCCUGACUCAUUAACCUGUGAACUAGUGACUAUGUUCUAGUUGGGAUCUUGUAACUAUAAUACCUCUGGCUUUUGAUGCUUUUCUACUUCACAAACCUUCAUUAGAUGAUGGUAAACUGGAAAUUAGACCCAGUUACUGAUCAUGUGCUGCUUUAAAAGGGUUUUUAAAGAUAAUGUGUUGAAUCAAACUUUGAAUCUUUGUUACAAAAUGGCUGAGUAUUAUAUUCCGUUGUAAAUGUACUCUUAAGGCAUAUAUAUAAUCUAAUGCCUGCUUCUUGUUUCAUAGUAUGUGAAAACUGUGUGAGCAUAAGAGAUGAGAAAUCAUAGAUAAUAGUAGUAUUUGGACUGAAGUGAGUGGGAUCAAGAAAAAUAAUGAAACGGUAUUUUGAGAUCCUGUAAAACAUUGACCAGUGUAUCAUUUAAAAUGGCAUCAAGUCAUUUCAUAAAAUGAAAUGCAAGUCGUGAUCAAAAGGUUUUGCAGCUUUACCUGAGAAAAAAAGCAAAAACCAUCCAUCCAUCCAUCCAUCCAUCCAUCCAUCCAUCUUCGGCAGCAGCCUUCCAUUUGAAGUCAGAAAUUUUCAGCUGGAAUAGUAGUAAAAUUGCAUAACUUGUAAUCUGUACUACCACUGUUGUCUAUUUGUAAUAAGCCAUCUACAGAGCACUGAACCAGGCUCUAGCCAUAAACCUUCUACAGCAAUGUUUUUAAGUGCAAAACACAGGCAUUGCAAGCGGCGGCUCUCCCUUUCUAGGGAGCAAAACAAAUCCUGUUUUCUGACAGGAAAGCAGUUAAUUUGAAUAUGAUGUCAUUACCGGCUCCAAGACUUCAGAGCUAAAAGGAACGCCGCAUAAAUUUAGCUUAUCUCUCCUUCAACCUCGACUGAGUCCCAUGCUAUUAAAAUGCUCCCCGGAAGUGGCCUCACACUCCACAGUGGCAAAAAAGUGGCCCUUCAUUUUUUCACUUCAUUUUAUCAAAAAGGAUGAAAAUACAUAGAGCCAAAUCUGGUGGGUCGGGUGGGUGGUGAAGGAACAUUGUAUUUAUGUAACAAAAACAAACAAACACAAAACCCUGCACUAGUCUGUAAUUUAUAAAGAUGCUAGAACUUGACCGCUUGGAGAUUGGCCAGAUGUUAACCAGGUAUGGAUUUAGCUUUUUUUAUCAGCAAAGUCACAAACCUUUGGAUUCCCACCUUGUACCCAAGACAGCUGUUGCUAAUUUUUUGCAACCAUCAAACUAAAGAAGCAGUUAGAGUGCGUUCCAAGAGGUCUUUCUUAAUUAAGGCCAGAUAAUCACAUUGUAAACUCAAAGGAGCCACUAACAGAAGAGUAAGCAAGAAUUUACAUUCACAGUGGUAGUAUACUUUCUGCACUUGGGUUUUGGUAGAUUGAAAGACAAAGGGCACAUUAACAAAACAAAGUAAGCCUCACAAUAUUUGGUCUGUUUGAAAGAGUCUUGUACAGUAUGCUAAUAUUUGACUGUAAGAGAUCUAACACAUGGUUCUGUUGCUUCAUUGAAAAUUUUCUAAUUUCUACCUCUGAUUCUUUGUCUUUACUUCAAGCAAAUGCCACAGGCCACGUUAAUGCAGACAAGUGCACUGCAAAAAGAAAAAUAUACAGCUUCAUUGUUUGGACAUGGUGACUUUCCAAAGUUGUAAUUUUGAGUGUCGUAGCAGAAGAAAGUGCGUUAUAGUCAAUGUACCAUUAAA